AUGCAUUUUUCCCUCACCACUGUCCUUGCCUUCGUGGCGUCCGCUUCUGCUUGUUACAGCGGAGGGCAGGCCUGGGGUGACUCCACAGCACGGGCUAUUGAGUUCUCAGGCGGCGAGAACAAAUAUUACUGCUAUAAUCUCGGCGGAAACGUGAGGGUGGACUUUCGCAUGAGGAACGGAGAUACUGGCGGCCCCCGCCGUAGACUCGACUUCAAUACCUGCCUCGCACGCCUUCGGAGUCAAAUCGAAAACUGCAACUUCGGCGGUGAAGACAAUCAAGGUGCCUGGAGACCUCGCGCCGACCCCAACGCCGGAAAUUGCUAA